AUGGCGAUUGAGAGGAUCAAGGGCGAGGCCACCCUCGGAUCCUGCGAUAUACUCCAUUGGUUGAUGCUUAUGACUUCGGAUGUGAUUGGCCAACUAGCAUUUGGCGAAUCCUUCGAGCUACUAGAAUCUGGCAAGAAAAUUGAGUACAUCAACACCUUCCAAUCGGUCGGGAUAGGGAGUUUCCUGAAGUACGAGCUUCCGUGGCUAUAUGCGGUCUCUCACUACAUUCCACUCAAGUCGCUUCGACGAAUGCUUAAUGCAGGAAACUCAAUUCAUGAGUAUGGCGGCCGAGCUGUCGAAAACUUGAAAAGACAUCGCGACAAUAAGCCAAAUCUCUUCGCUACUGCUUUAGCCGAGUGCGAUUCUGGAGACAAAGCCGAACUCACCGAAAACUAUAUCCAAAUCGAGGCGUCUAAUCUGAUCUUUGCUGGCGCAGAUACGACGGCGAGUACUCUGACGUACCUUGUCUGGGCCGUCUUGAAAAGGCCAGAGCUUCAAGCUCGACUAGAAGCGGAAGUCGCUGUUGUUAACGAUGUUGACCUAUUCAACGAUGCUUUUCUUGAGAAACUUCCUCUGGUUGCAGCAGAAGCUGAAGAUGAGUCUAAUCAAGCCCGCCCCGAUCUGUUGUGGACUGACGAUGCGCUCGACAAUCGCCAGAGAAGCCAUCCUUCUGGCUAUCAGUCGCUCGAGUCCCUUGCCCAAGCACGACAGGAGCGCGAUCGGCCGCCAGGACCCGGGCUUGGAGGCGUCUCUCCCUGCCUUCUGGAUCAUAACCACCUCAGCUCUGCGGAAAGGCAGAGGGAAGUAGCCCACCCGUAUACAGGACUGGAACAGUAG